CAGCCCAGCAGGAGGCUGUGUCCCUACUGAGGCAAAGUCUGUCAAGUGCUCCACUCCUCGUCACAGGGGCCAUGAGAUCUUCGCUCCGACUGGUGGGAGCAGCUAGCAUUCCUGGCUUUGCAGGAGCUCCAGAGGUCAUGCCUUCUUCUCUUUUCUGACCGUCUUUCCCUGGCCUUGCGCGUUUGCCUCUCACACCUGUGCCGAUCCAUACACACCCAGAUCCCGGAGCAGGACCUUCGUGGACUUUUGGAAUCUAGCAUCACCUUCAUCCCCUCCGUGGCUGCACGUGGCCUGAGCAGGAUGGUGCCCUCCAGCCCAGCGGUGGAGAAGCAGGUGCCCGUGGAGCCUGGGCCUGACCUCGAGCUCCGGUCCUGGCGGCGCCUGGUGUGCUACCUCUGCUUCUAUGGCUUCAUGGCACAGAUCCGGCCCGGAGAGAGCUUCAUCACACCCUACCUACUGGGGCCGGACAAGAACUUCACUCGGAAGCAGGUCACCAACGAGAUCACGCCGGUGCUGCCCUACUCCUACCUGGCCGUGCUGGUGCCCGUGUUCCUGCUCACCGACUACCUGCGCUACACGCCCGUGCUGCUGCUGCAGGGCCUGAGCUACGUGUCGGUGUGGCUGCUGCUGCUGCUGGGCCACUCCGUGGCACACAUGCAGCUCAUGGAGCUCUUCUACAGCGUCACCAUGGCCGCGCGCAUCGCCUACUCCUCCUACAUCUUCUCGCUGGUGCAGCCCGCGCGCUACCAGCGUGUGGCCAGCUACUCUCGCGCCGCGGUGCUCCUGGGCGUCUUCAGCAGCUCGGUGCUGGGCCAGCUGCUGGUCACCGCCGGCGGAGUCUCCUUCUCCACCCUCAACUACAUCUCACUGGCCUUCCUCACCUUCAGCGUGGUCCUCGCCCUCUUCCUCAAGCGCCCCAAGCGCAGCCUCUUCUUCAACCGCGGCGCUGCGGGGCGUGAACCCUCGGCCUCUGCCUCGGAGCUGGAGCGCAUGAACCCUGGCGCGGGCGGGAAGCUGGGGCGCGCGUUGCGGGCGUUCUGCUGGGUCUCCGUGCUGGCGCGCAUGCUGCGGGAGCUGGGGGACAGCCUGCGGCGGCCGCAGCUGCGCCUCUGGUCCCUUUGGUGGGUCUUCAACUCCGCCGGGUACUACCUGGUGGUCUACUACGUGCACAUCCUGUGGAACGAGGUAGACCCCACCACCAACAGCGCGCGGGUCUACAACGGCGCGGCUGACGCCGCCUCCACGCUGCUGGGUGCCAUCACGUCCUUCGCCGCAGGCUUCGUGAAGAUCCGCUGGGCGCGAUGGUCCAAGCUGCUCAUAGCGGGCGUCACGGCCACGCAGGCGGGGCUGGUCUUCCUUCUGUCGCACACGCGCCACAUCUGGCUGUGCUACGUGGCCUUCAUGCUCUUCCGCGGCUCCUACCAGUUCCUCGUGCCCAUCGCCACCUUUCAGAUUGCGGCUUCUCUGUCUAAAGAACUCUGUGCCCUGGUCUUCGGGGUCAACACAUUCUUUGCCACCAUUGUCAAGACUGUCAUCACCUUCAUCGUCUCAGACAUCCGGGGCCUGGGCCUUCCUGUCCGCCAGCAGUUCCAGUUAUACUCUGUGUACUUCCUGCUCCUGUCCAUCAUCUACUUCCUGGGGGCCAUGCUGGAUGGCUUGCGGCACUGCCAGCGGGGACGCCACCAGCCGCUGCCCCUGGCCCAGGACCUGAGAAGUCCCGAGGAGGAGAAGGCUGCACUGGCGCUGAGCGUGCAGGACAAGGACCUCAGAAGCCUGCCGCCAGCCCAGGGCCCGAGGCUCUCCCCAGAAGACAGCCUGGGGGCUGCGGGGCCGGGCUCUGGGGAGCAGAGACAGAGCGACCUAGCCCCCGCCCCACUGGCGACUGGAUUCCUGAGCCCAGUGCCAGCCCCUUCCGCCUAUAUUCUGGGUCCCACCCAAGCCUCAGGCCCUGACUCUGCAGCUGAGACCUGUCCCCAGUCAGCUGUCCCUCCUCCUGGCGUCAGCACGCUGGGUUUGCAGCGUCAUUUAAGUGUCAGCGUUCAGAAUGUGAGCCAGUGACUCGGGGAGCCCUGUGGUAACUUUGCAGGUGGCCCUUGGUGCACCCCCGUGACCCCCACCUCGAGAGCCGCCUGCCUUAGCCAUGGGGGCCUCCGCCUGUCCUGCUGGCAGGGCCCCUAGGACUCCCCCCUGCGCUACGUUGCACUCUAGGGGUGGCUGCAGCCUGCUGGCGACACUCAGGGUGGCCAUGCUGUGCCCCGCUGGCUUUGGUUGCUGGAAGAGGUGAGUGGUGGGCUCCUUCGUCCACCAGGCCUUAUUGGCUCACGUCCUUGGGAAGCCCGAGACAAAUCCUCUCUGUCCCCCAGGGCUGGCGAAGUGGCCUUAGCAGCUCAGGGGACACUGGCCCCACAGGAGUUGUGAGCCCUCUAGGGCAGGGUGGGAGCCUGGACCCCCGGGCAUAGCUGAGUUGUGACAUGCUGGUCGUUCUUGGUGCUUUUGCUUUUUGAAAGAUGCUCUGCUUUUUUUUUUUAACUGACAUAGAACGAAGAACUGCAUGGGGCUUCUCUGUCUCUGUGGGAAAGCCAUCUCAGGUUGGUGGCAGAAAAGUCCCCAUCAGAGGGCAGCCGUGGGUCUAGUCCUUGGAGCUAGUUCCUUUUCUCAGCUCCAGGGGCUUUGGCCCAGAGCCCUCCAUGGUCCUGUCUGCCCUUCCGAAGUGCGUUAGUCCUGACCUGCGGUCCUCAGCUGCUCCCAUGCUCACGCCAGCCCAGAGAGGAUGGGUCCUGGUCACCGCGGACGUGCUGGCCUUGAUGUGUGCCGGGCUUGCCUGGCUGGGGGGCCUUGGAUGGCAAGCCCUGAUGCUGCAGCUGAGACCCAUCCCCAGCCACUGUCCAUCCUCCGGCGUCAGCAUGCUGGGUUUGCAGGGUUGUCCAAGUGCCAUCGUGGUGGCCGCUGGGGAAGGGUGUCUCAGCAGCCUCCAGGUCUGAGGAGCGUUAGCGCCUUGCUCACAGGUGCGGAACUGUCUGAUGUGAUGUGAAUGCUCUUCCCAGAUACAUUAAACACACUUGUCACAUG